AUGGCAGCCACCGCGAUCACCAAGUGGACGCGGGAGAAGGGCGGGAGGAAGGACUUCGUUGACCACACCCGCAGGAGCCACCAGCCGCUGCGCGUGAUCCUGUCGAGCGGCGAGGCGGCCAGGAUGCGGGAGCUGGCGGGGCUUGGGCGGGACGAGGAGGCAGGGACGGGGCAGGAGGCGCGGCUGGAGGACAGGGAGGAUGCCGUCACGAGGAAGAGGAUCGAGAAGCUGCGGGCGUUACUGCAUGACACCACGCUGGAGGAGGAUGAGGUGGCCGCGGCGCCUCCCCAGCCCCGGCCGGCCAGCAGGGGCGUGGAGGAGCUGCGGAGGGAGGCGGAGAGCCGGAGCCGCGCCCUGGGGAGAGUGAGGACCUACCUGCCGCCCCCCGCCACCCCCACCACGCCGCAGGAGAGGGGGGACAGGAUACACGCUCAGGUUCUGAAGACGCUUCCCGUGCAGGUGAAGGAAAGGGAGGAGCGGAGGAGGCUGAAGAAGGAGGACGACGACAAGUGGGCCCUCAAUGUGCGGCAGAACCAGAGGCGCUUCGAGGAGGACCAGGAGAAGGAGAGGCGGGAGAAGGACGAGAGGAAGGAGAGGCACAAGAAGGACCUCGAUGUGCUGUGCAAGGAGCAGGCAGGGCGGCGUCAGGAGGAGCGCAACCAAAUCCUGCGCCGCCGUCAGGAACUGGAAACGAGUCACCAGGUGUAUCAUCGCUACCAGCAACACCAAGACGCACAGGCUGCUCUGGCGAAGGAAAGAAAACGGGAGGAGCUUCUGCGGGAGAUAGAGAAGGUGAAGGCGGAGCGGAGGAUGGAGGCCGAGGUGGAGGAGCGGUUAAGAGAGGAGCAACUCAGGUACUCGGCCGUGAAGCGGGCGUUCGCGAGGCGGGUGAAGCAGAAGACGCUGGACAAAAUGCAAGGAAAGAGAGGAUACGCGACGGGGGGAGGAGAGACGCCGUUGUGAGGGAAGAUAAGCGGUGAAUAGAAGGAGGAUCAG